CUGUUUUUGUUGAUAUGAUCGAACGCAUUAAAUUUGCCUGUCCAUAUGAGAUAAGCAUUGUACAAAUAUAGAUAAGCAACUUAGACAACAAACUAUUGACAUGUGGAUUGUUGCAUUACUUUACAUUACAUUAGGCGUAGUUUGUUCCAUUUGCCCUCCAGAAUGGCACACACACAACAGCAAUUGUUAUUUAUUUAGCAAAGAAGUCCUUUCAUGGGAUGGCGCACAGGAUUAUUGCCAAGAAUUCGGAGGUUACUUGACUGAAAUAACAACGAGGGAGGAAAACAGUUUCAUUGAACAAACGUCAAAACAGAACUAUCACCCAAACCGUACAGCGCACGGGAAAUACCUAUAUGGAUACUGGACCGGAGGCAAAGAAGACCUGACUCAUAAAUAUUGGUAUUGGGGUGGUAGUGGACAAAAGUUCACGUUUACUGACUGGUCCCCUGGUGAACCAAGUAAUAGAGUAGAAAACUGCAUGCAUAUAAAUUCGAAUGAAGGAUUCAAAUGGAAUGAUUAUACGUGCACACGGCAUGAGUAUUUUAUUUGCGAGAAGAGUCAGUCAAUUUCGGGCCAAGGUGUAGUAGGAUAAAUGAACACUUUUGUAAAAAAUUGUACUACUCGUAUGUUGAAGCAUUGAGAUUAAAGUCAUCAUCAGUAUAUUGUAUUGUCCAUGUCAAGAACUCGUUG